GGACUAUUGUGAAAGAGUAUUAGGUAAACAUUGAAGGGGAAAAAAUUGCCUACUCAGCUUUGCUGGUUCUCUAUAUAAAGGCAGAAAAGGAUGCUAACAGCCUCCACAGACUGAGUACUGCUGAUUUUUGAGGAACUUCAGCCCCAGAGACGAGGGAGAUGGCUUCUUCUCUCCGAGUGGCUCUGUGCCUUAGCCUAGUAGGUAAGUGGCAACCAAUGUCUGUGGGUUGUAUAAGAUUAACCACAUCUUUUUUAAUUUUCUACUGGACUUUUAUUUUUAGAAAAGCAUGAUAAAACACCCAAUUGAUAAAUUAAACUUCAAAAUGUAUUGCUGUGCACCACUUUUGGUCAGGGAGGCACUAAGAAAAGCCUGUCUUAGGAAUAAGAGCUCGAAGAGGGGUAGGCAAUUUUUGGCUCUCUAGAUAUUGUGGACUGUAUCUCUCAUUAUGGUUUUACAACCAUAAUGCAAGCAAAGCAGAAGCCAUAACAAGCUGCAGCUUGUUUUUUUUAAUUUUUGCAACAAGACAAUGCACAUUUUAAACACAACUAUGCUGUUGGGAAUUCUGUGUAGGGGAAUCAGUAAUUGCAGAACAAAUUUUGGUCACCAAGAACACAGAGCAUUGUAUUUGAUAAAGCAGUCAAAGUACUUGGUUGUCUAACUUUAAAAAAAAAAAUAGCUAAAUAAUUUGAUUUGGAAAAAAAUGUUUAGUUAAGCCUACCUGGAUUUAGAUUUUUUUUUACCUAUAUUUUUCAUAUUUAUUUAUUUAUUUAUGUAUUUAUUUAUUACUGGCAUUUAUAAAGUACCAACAAAUUCCAAAGUGAUUCAGAUUAAUUGAGGGGCGACAUACAAUAUACACAGACAAAUACACAAGGUAUAGAGAGUCCUGUCCGAAAUCUAGCCAUUGAAGCUCUUUUAUACAACGUGCUUAGUUAGAUAGGUCAUGAGCAUGCAGUCUAAAGAAUAUAAUGGGGAUUUGAGACAAGAGGUAGCAGGGGGAAAUUGGAAGCAAUGGCUAAAGGAUGUUAAUGGGGAUUAGAAGCUACUGGCAAAAUGUAAAAGGAAUGAGGAGGCAAUUGAGUCAGAUCUCAAACCGCUGUAUGAGCAUGCUAUACAUUUUCAAGAAAAUGGAGAGAUUCGGAAUUGUUGGUUCUUGGUGUGUGAAGUUAGCCCUAAUGAACAGGGAUGGAAAUGAAACAAUUAAAUGAAGGUAUUUAUUGCUUGGGGGGUGGGUGGGACAGAGGAUGGAGAGUGAUAGGGUGACUAGAGAAAAAAUUGAAAGGUUUACCAAUCAAAUUAUAUCACCCAAAAUAUUAAUAACCGUGUGUACAUGAAAUGCAGGCAGAAUGCAUUCAAUGGAAUAAUAAUCUGCAUGCACAUAAAAUUACAGUGGCAAACUACAGGUAUAAAUGGUAACAAUGCUAUAGUAGCAAAUGAUAAUAUGGUAAAAAAGAAAGAAUAAAUGAGGUGGGGUAUCUUCGUACCUGUAGUUUGUCUCUGUAAUUUUCUGUCCAUGCAGUUUAUAUAUUAUGGUCAUUAAAUGUUUUGCACCUAUAUUUCACGUACAAACAGUUAUUAAUAUUUUGGGUGAUAUAAUUUUGUCGGUGAACAUUUCAAUGGUAUAAAACAAAGGUUUGCUCUACCCAUCCCCUCUCAUAUACUCUCUGAAAUCAACACAACUUGCAUUACUGUGAUGUUCAUCCUGCAUCUUCAGAAAAAAAUAUAUAUUUUUAAUAAUUAAUAUAGUGAUUAGGCCUUGUAUGGCUAGAUUGAACCAAAAAUAAUUUUGCCUGAUGUAUUGAAGUAUCACUAGCUAGAUAGACAGCAAGAGGCUCUAAUGGCAGAAGUUAUACAAUUUGACCUUUUUAGGUGUUAAUUAGAAAUCCUAUAUUGUUACGGGAACACAAAACAUUCCAUACUGCUUCAUUUAAUAUGUCUGACAAUAUUUAAAAAAUAUUGACAAGGCUCACAUUUUAUAUGAUGAGAAAUGCUUAAACAGAAAACAAUUUUUAAUAUUUAUUUUUGCUAAAGUCUUACAGUGGAGAUGUCACAUUUCUGUAUAUUACAUGUAAACUGAUGCGUGUAAAAAAAAAGUGAUUCUUCUGAAUCGGCUCGUCUGAAAAAAAAUGAGGUGUGCGAUUCUUCCAAGUGGGCAAAUUUUGUCCAUGUCCAAGCAAUCGUUUGGAAAAAAUGCUUUGGAAAAAAUUUGUAAAUCAAUAAAAAUUGACCAGUCAGUGUACUGCAAAAUAUAAAUAUGUUUACAUUACAUUAUUAAUUAGAUUACAGUAUUACAUUUAAUAAAAGCAGUUAGACAGUAAAUUAUUAGUGCAGUUUAUUAUAACAGCUUCCAAUAAUCACAUAUUGAGUUAGGUUGGUCGUUAAUGCUAAUGCAGGCAUUUGAGUAAGCAUGUUUGUUGUACAAGAGUGAUAUGUGGCCUACAUGAGCAUUUAGUUAGGAUGUGCAAUGGUAGGUUACUUGUGCAAAAGUGGAAAUUUCAGUAUGCAUGUAAAAAUGCUUAUACAUAACAAAACUAUAACAUGGCAGAACAUAUGCACUGUAUAUUGGGUGCUUUCUAAUGUAGGUGUUUGAGUGGAUGUAUUGGUCGCGACUUAGUAAUGGUAAGCCCUAGUGGGUGAUAAGUGAGAAAAGUACAAAAAUAGUAAACAUAUGUGGAGAUGAAAAUGACUUUAUCCUGGCAAUAACAUUCACACAAUGCAAAAGAAAUUUGAGUGGUAACGCAGCACAACGUUUGCAACUUUGAUUAAUUCUAUUAUCCGUGUCUUCCACCGUCUAGUAAGGAAUUGGUUUUCCUAGCGCAGCCUCUACCUGUCUCACAUCUUGGUCUACCCAGCCUCCCUAUGUGGGACGCCUAUGGUCAGCGAAGGGAUUCGAGUAGACCUGCCUGGACCUCUGUGACAGUGUGAGGUCCAGUGGCGCUCAGGACGGUGACCGUGUUGCCCAGCACAAGAGUUACAAUAGGGUGGGGAAGGUUGCAGAAAUAUAUGUGCUCCGGUGAAUAGAUGUAGCGUUACAAUGAUAAUAUAUUUAUGAAACAAUAUCGUAUACUGGAUUAUUCAGUACAUAUUGUAAAUUCAGUGUUCAUGUUUAUGCAUGUUUGAUUGGUCAAUAUGUUUGAGACACAGAAUUUGUUGCUCUUGGUAUAGUCCAAUUAUGGCUAUUUUGGAUCUGAACAUAUAUGUUUCUAAAAGUGGGCUAAACUUCAUGGGAAAUCUAGUUCACAAACCUCUACAGUGUCAUAUUUAUCCACAACACUUGCCUUCAAGGAACCUUUCUUCUUGGUAGAGAUGCUUGAUGUCUUCAAGUUUCUCCUACUAUCUUCUGUCAUCUGUAUAGAUCCAAAAGACAUGGACAGGAAGUUAGUUAGCAGAAGUAGAUGAGGCUUGGUAAAUCAAAAGGGUUACUAGGAGAAGCUCUGUCAACUUUGAGGGAUCUUUUUUGUGGAAACCCAGAAGGUAAGCAGAAGUAAGUUUUACUUACUUGAAGCUCUCCGUCGCAGGUGCCACCAUCUUCUCUCUUCGGCUCCUGGCUUUUCACCCACCAGGAAUCACACAAUACUGUACUCUAACACAUGCGCAAGAGUAAAGCACAUAUUGCAAUGAAGGAACCUGUGAGGAUGUGGGAAGUUCCAUAUACCAACUUGUGCAAGAGGCUGCCAGUCUCCCCCAGCUAUCAACAGCUGUGGGAACAGAAAACACUUGCCUUUUUCCACCAUAUACUGACCGUAAAACAAAGUUGUCCCUAAUUUGUCUUAUGAUAUACUUUUACUGCAUCAGAAUUUCAAUAAAAGUGAGUGAGUAAGAAUGAGAAUUUCAUAAAGAUUAUAUCAUUGCAUUCAUAAAGUGUAUUAUUUUAUUAUAUUGCUAAUGAAGUUCUGCCACAUAGUAAGUAGCUCAAUUGAUUUAUACAGUAGUUGUAGUGCCUGUGUAAACAUCUCUAUGAAAGGUUUGAUUCCCAACAGUAUUUAACACUUUCCUAGUUGAAAUGUAAUCAUAGUGCAGAAUAUACUAUGCCUAAGACAGUUUAGAUAUUAUUAUUACCAAAGUGCUAAUACUCAAAAGAAUUAAAUACUGAGUUGACCUUGCAAACCUUCGGCUAGAGCUUUAUCCACUAAGUUAUCUUACCAAUAAGAUGAUGCAUUUAUUGGAUUUUCCAAUAGAUACUCUGUGAACAUAUGAUUUUUGUCUUAACCGAUCCUCAGGGGAGAAACCGAUUAACCCGCUAAUUUCUUUUCUCUUUUAGUUCUAUGCUUUGCAGCUCCGAAAACAAAAAAUAUCCGCUGGUGUGUGAAAUCAGAAGAUGAGUGGAAAAAGUGUGAUGAACUAUCUAAAAACUGUAAGGUUCCUGAUAUCACGCUCAGCUGUGUGAAAACAACAAGCACUUUGGAAUGUUUCCAGAGUAUUCAGGUAAGCUUAGUCAUCUUAGUAAAUCUAAUAGUCAUCAACCUAAUGACAAUAACAUGGCAAAUGUACAACAAUGACAAUCUGUUUAGCUGGAUGACAGCAUAUAUAUCUUCAUACAAAUGUAACAGAACAGACCGAAUAAAAUGUCACUCAUAUUGAGACUGAGUUUUACCAAUACUGGGUUUGGUAUACUGUAAAAUAGCAGGGCUGACCAAACAGAUAUCUUUAGCAAACAUAUUGUAUGGUUGGUAAUAGAGUAACUCUAUUUAAAAAUUAUAAUAUAUAAAAUAUAUAUAUAAUUGAGAAUAAAUUUUUUUUAAAAAAAUGGGAUUGUUUUAGAAACCAUACCGAUUUAUUGAAUAUAAAUAAAUAUAGACAUAAAAAAGUAAUAAUCCUUUAUAACUAUAUACAGCAGAGUUUAUAAGAUUAAAGUAUAAACAUGCAAUAUCAGAAAAAUAGAAUAGUAUACCCUCCUCAACCUAUUGGUCUUAUAAAAUGCAACAGCAUCUCUUCUUCCAAAUUCUCCCUUCUGUGUCAACUAACUAAUAAUUGGUGUUUAUAUAGAUUUUAGAUCACAAUACUUCCGCUAAUUUUUUGUGCAGGAAAAAUACCAUAUAAUACAUUAAAACAGGUAACUGCAGUUAACUUAGGGGUAACCCACCAGUCAAUCAACAAUAAUGAACGAACAUUAGGUAUUGAUUUCUUGGCACAAAGACAAGGCCAUGACAAAAUAAUGAGGAAACAUGAUCUGGCAUAGCAAGACAAAAUGACAUCUAUACAGGGCCGGAUUAAGAGCACAGUGGGCCUGGUGCUGACAAUUAUGAUGGGCCUAAUCACGGAAUCUUAUCGACCAAAAACACGAAAACAAUCAUACCUCCCAAGCGUCAUGUAUCUGAUGGAGAUGGUGCUGGAGGGAAACUCAUAGGAUGUAGCUAUAAGAAAACACAUCCUCUAUGCUAAUUUCUCUCUAAUUUAUGCUUUCAUCUUUCAAGUAAGUCCAUAACCCCUAACAGCAGAGUCCAGUGAAGCAGGAAGUCAAUGGGCUGGGUAAAAGGGUGUGCCACUUGUGCGAAUCACGUGACAAGACCUGCCAAAAGGGGUGAACAUGCCCAAAAAGGGGGCAUGUUUGUCCAAAGAAUUGGAAGGUCAGCUUGGCAUGAAUGCAUGUCAGGCUUCCUGCCAAUCCUGCAGGCUGUCCAACUAAGGGCAUACUAUGCAGGCAGCACCUUGACUUGACAUAAAUGCGUCUAAUGAUGCGCUCACUCCAUUCUUUCUAAGGACUGUCCCCUAGCACUUGCUGGUCCACUUGUCUCCUUACCUUCCUACUAGCAGGCAGAAGUUCCUGGUAUAUAGUCUGAGACAGAGAAAAGGUGUCUGUAGUGAGUGUAGAAGAAAGGGGACAUGCCAUAGUGUUAGAGAGACCAACGUCUGCAUUACCUAAACUAACUUUAAUGUCAGCCAGUGCACACAAGUUUUGUUCCCAUACAUCCCUCUUAAGCUUCCAAACUUAAAGGGACACUAUAAUCACCAGAACAACUACAGCUUAUUGUAUUUGUUCUGGUAAGUAGAAUCAUUCCAUUCAGGCUUUUUGCAGUAAACACUGUCUUUUCAGAGAAAACAACUCCUCUGGCUGCUCCUUAGAUGGCUGCUAGAGGUGCUUCCUGAGGCAAUACUGCCUAGUGUGCAGCAUUGCCAUUCAGUGUCUCCACCCUCUGCAUGCAGACACUGAACUUUCCUCAUAGAGACGCAUUGAUUCAAUUUAUCUUUAUGAGGAGAUGCUGAUUGGCCAGGGCUAUGUUGGACUUGUGCUGGUUCUGCCCCUGAUCUGCCUAGAUGACAGUCUCAGCCAAUCCUAUGGGGAAGUAUUGUAAUUUGCUCAGAUCACCACUUCUGAGCCAGCAGCUGCAGAAUUGAAUACAAGUAAUAUUUUACUAUAUUUAGGGAGGCAGGAAGGUGUCAGGGUGGUGGUUUUAACAUAAUAGGGUACGAAAUAUAUGAUUGUGUUCCUGACACUAUAGUGCUCCUUUAAGCAAGAGUAUGUGAAGAGUAGUUAAGGUUGCCACCUUUCUUGGAAAAAAAUACCAGCCUUAAUCAUUUGUAUAAUUAGUUAUGCGUGACAUCACAUGAUGUAAAUCACAAGUAGUGACAUCAGAGAAAAUUCUGUAAAAUCACCAACAAACUACUCACAGUUUGAUUCUGCUGUAUAGAUGGAUUGCUCCCAGUGUCUCAGUCUCGCAAGUCACCCAGUAUCUCAGUGUCCCUAUGUAUCACAGUGUCAGUGUCCCCAUGUCGCCCAGUCCCCUAGUCUCCCAGUGUCUGUGUCCCCAUUUCUCCCAGUGUCCCAAUGUCUCAGUGUGUCCCCAUGUCACUAGGAUACUGGGGACACAGAGACAUGGGGACACUGAGAGACCCGGGGACACAGAGACAUGGAGACACUGGGAGACAUGGGGACACUGAGACAUUUAGGGAAACUGGGAGAAAUGGGGACACUGAGACACUAGGGACACAGACACUAGGAGACAUGGGGACACUGAAACAUUUGGGGACACAGACAUGGGAACACAGACACUGGGAGACUAGGGGACACUGGGAGACUAGGGGACACUGGCUGGGAGACAGACACUUGGGACACUGGGAGACAUGGGGACAGUUGUGGACAUAGACAUGUGGACACUGGGACAUAUAGGGACACUGGGAGACAUGGGGACACCAGGCACACUGAGACACUAGGAACACAGACACUGGGAGACAUAGAGACACUGUAACAUUUGGGGACACUAAGACACCAGGGACACAAACACUGGGAGACUAGGGGAUACUGGGAGACUAGGGGAUAGUGGGAGACUAGGGGACACUGUCUGGGAGACAGACACUUGGAGACACAUGGGGACAGUUGUGGACAUAGACAUGGGGACACUGGGACACAUGGGGACACUAGGCACACUGAGAGACAUGGGACACAGACACUGGGAGACUUGGGGACACUGAGACACUAGGGACACUGGCAGGGGGACAUAGUGUCUCCGUGUCCCAAUGCCCCUAUGUCUCACAGCAUCCCCAUGUGUCUCAGCAUCCCCAUGUGUCCCAGUGUCCCCUAGUAUCUGUUUCCCCAUGUUUUCCAGUGUCCCCAAGUGUCUGUAUCCCCAGGUCUCCUAGUGUCUGUGUCCCCAUGUGUCCUAGUGUCUCAGUGUCCCCUAGUGUCUGUGUCCCUUAGUGUCUGUGUCCCCAUAUGAUCCCAAGUGUCUCAGUGUCCCCUAGUGUCUCAGUGUUCCCAGGUCUCCCAGUGUCUCAGUGUCCCUGCUGCCUUUCCCCCAUCCCUCACUUACCUGAGCUGUAGAGCUUCUGUCCGGACUUUCUGUGCUGUGUAGCUGCUCCCCCAUGGAUCAGUGAGUAGUAGAGAGAGGCAGAGAGGGAUAUUCAGUAACUUCCUAUGCCUGCCUCUCUCCACACACAGUGACCCCUACUGGCCGGUGCUGGUAUUGCAGAGUAAUUUCCAUUUAUUCUGAGAAAAUUACCUGCAUUUGUAUUGCCAGUAUUACUGCAAUACCGGCACGGCCAGGCAGCCUCAAAUACCGUCUGUGCCAUUAAAAUACCAGUCAGGUGGCAAACCUAAGAGUAGUGUGUAAAAAAAUUUUUUAAAAAAUAAAAAAAUAAAAAGUUUUUUUUUUUUUUUUUUUUUAAAUGGGCCUAUUCCAUGGGCCUGGGCCUGGAGCUGCAGCUCCAUCAGCCCCUAUGUUAAUCCGGCCCUGCAUCUAUAGUCUAAACAUUUUACUUACGAAACUGGAUGUGAAACCAGUUUAAUAACAAACAGACCGUUUUCCAUCGUAAGUAACAAGGGGGACCUGCCAUUUCUGCAAGUGUCCAUAACAAUGGCAUCAAAUUAACCAAAUAAGCACAUCUGAUUCAGUGCCAUCCAGCAUCUGUUUUAAAAUCAGCAUUUCUCACAUGUGAAUUCCAUAGAAAAUAUAGGAUUUGCGUAUUUAUCAAACACAUACUUUCACCUCGAAGCACUUUAAACAAAUCCAGCAGCAUGCAGAUUAAAUCAGUCUCUCUCUCUGUCACUCCACCACCCAAAAUGAGUAUUUCUUAACCCCUUAAGGACACAUGACAUGUGUGACAUGUCAUGAUUCCCUUUUAUUCCAGAAGUUUGGUCCUUAACGGGUUAAGGACCAAAUUUCUGGAAUAAAAGGGAAUCAUGACAUGUCACAUAUGUCAUGUGUGCUUAAGGGAUUAAAGGUAUAAAGAAAUUACAAUCCAGUCAAAAGAUAUACUAAAUAGGGGCUACUUUAUCUUUGUAUUUUUUCUACGAUGGACCAAGCUUGACAAACGGCUGAGCUACCUUUUGUCAAGCCCUUAGCCAUCACUAGUGACAGCUGAGGAGGGAAAGGCUCUGUCUAAAGGAGAAUCCUGAGGCUUUGUGGGAUCCUUAACAGACCUCAGUGUUGUCAUCAUGUGUGAGAGCACAACGCUGUAAGAAAAUAUGUCUGAACUAGACAUUGUGUGCGAUGAGAGAAUGUUAUGGGCAUCUGGUCUUGGCCAUGUAUGUGCUCAUGAGUAAAGGUUUCUGGUAAAAUCUAAGGAUGUAGAAAGAACGAUUUUGCCUUUCACUACACCUAAUACGUUACUGUCUUUUGAUCGGGUCUUCCAAUUUCCAUCACCAAUGUGUUACCUAAAGAAAAACUUAAAAAGGGAAAAACACAUAUUUUAUAACACAUUCUUUGUAAGGUCUUUAACAAAAGUGUUUAAUUCUAUUCCCUUUCUAACUUGGCCUACUAACUUCUUAUUAGUUUGCGCCAGUUAUUUGUUUUUUAGAAAAUCCACUUGUUUUGCAAAAAUACCCUUUUGAGGUUUCAAAUUAUAAUUUUUACCACUUUAGUUUCUGGUUUUGUACUUUAAGCAUGUGGUUUGGAAUACAUGGUUCUUUGUCAGGUAGGUGGUAAUUAUAAUCUGACAUGCCCACCUAUCACACAUGAACCUUUUACGAUGAAUAUGCCUAUUUCUUUUACAGAAUUUUACAUCAUGCCAAACUAUGCCAACCUAAAACAUUGUUUGACUUUUAUAUGUGGGGGCUUUCUCUGAUUUAUAUAUCUGUGAGGUUGAAGACUUUGUACCAAUGACAAUUGCAGUUUAUUUACCUUAUCUUGAUUUAAUUAGAAUUACUUUGGCCCUCUUUCCAUCAAGCAAUUCAUUAUAUUGACAUAGUUAAACCAAAUAACCCUCGAAUCUCUGUCAGUGUUGUAUUAUGACAAAUGCAAUAUAUAGGGUUAAUUCAGAUCGAGAAAACAAGACCAGACACAGCACCAGCAACAGUGCAAACCUGUAUAAUUAAGUGACAGCUGGUCACUCGCACUUUGGAGCCAAAUAAAGAGCAAUCAGAAAAUAUUUGGUAUCAUUCUUCUCAAUUUUUGGACUUUAUUGAUGUCUGUCUCAUUCACGAAGAGAAAAGAUAAAGUGUAUCCAAAUAAAAUAACUAUAAGAAUAAAGUGUACAAUACAAAUGUAUUUACUUACACAAAUGUAAACAGUAGCAGGUGAAACUUGUAACCACUGGUUCGCAAGUAAGUCCUGUGUUUCUUCCCAGUCAGGGACUUCCUCGGGGACAGUUUUUCAAUUUAGAACCAAAUACAAAGUGCAUCAAGUGUUGCAUUAAGUAAUGCUUUCUUAUAUGCAUACCAGUUGUGAUCAGCAUGUACUCCAGGUGGAACAGUCAGUUUGUAAAAAGGAAAUAAUCUGUUCACCCUUGUACAGACUCCCCUCUCACCCUUGUACAGACUCCCCUCUCCCCCUUGUACAGACUCCCCUCUCCCCCUUGUACAGACUACCCUCUCCCCCUUGUACAGACUCCCCUCUCUUCUGUGCACAAUUACAAAGGUAAAAUAGUUUUUGUCACUCCAGACCAAGAAUAUUUCAUAACGCUUUCAGAAGUUGUUACUUGGUUCUAGGUUAUAUAAUACCCGAGGUAGUAGACUUGCUCUGAGUAACUGGUCUGUACUGGCAAUUCUAAGCAAUUAGAUAUGGUUUAUCAAUAUAGGUUUGGCGUUCCCUUAAAUAGCUUCACAAAGGACUGGGUUUGGUAUGUUCUAAAACAUUUUCACAAAAUAUUGGGUCUGAUAUCUUCUAGAAUAGAUCCAUGAACACUUGGCUUGGUAUUAUCUUAAAUAGUUUUACUAACACUGGCUUUGGUCUCAUCAAUGCUGGGUUUAGUAUGCCCUAGAAUAUUUCUAUUAAAAAUUGUGUUAGGUUUUAGAAUUGUUUGAUUAACAUAAAAUUUGGUAUGGUUUCACUAAUUAAGGGUUUCAUCUAUUCCAGAAUGGAAAUUCAGAUGCUGUUGGUGUUGACGGUGGAGAUGUUUACAGAGGUUCACUGAAACCUUACAACUUGAAGCCCAUCAUUGCCGAAAACUAUGGCACUGAGAAAGGUAAAGUAAUGCUGGAGGCAGACCAGAUCCAAAAAUGUAGACUGUGAAUAAGUGUGAAAUAGUAUCUACUUUCCUUCCUUGUUUGGUAUCGGGCUCUUUCAACACAAACUCACAUACAAAAAAACUACUAUCCUUUCUUCUCUUUUUGGAAGGUGUUAAAAAAGUGGAUUGGAAAAUAUUUUCCUUCCUGUACUUGAACGUGUUUUGUUUUUUCCUCAUUGAUGAGUUAUUCAAUACAAACUCAGUUUGAUUUCCAUUUAUAGAAAAUGUCCAUAAGAUAUCAAUACUGCUUGGUACCAGUAUACUGUAUAGUGGUUUGUUUGGUUUUUGUUUCUUUGCCUGUUUGUUCAUUUUUUUGCCAUGGCUCGCAGAUACAUUUGAAAACAUUUACAAUGACAUUAAGUAAAAUAUAUUUUUUAUGCAUAACAAUUCAUUUUGAGUCAACAAAGAAGCACUAUUACCUUUAAAGUGGUCCCAAUUUUCUUUUUACACAAUUAACAAUGAAUUUGUGCUUCAAACAAAACAUACAAAUAGUAAGUACAACAUCUUGAAAAUUUGGGGUAUGGGACAUGUGUAGAGAUCUUCAUUAUGCCUUGGAAUAAUAGCAAACAUCUCAUGUGUUUUUUCACACGAUAUGUAGUGCCUUGAGAGGUGACUACGGGGUAGGCCCCAACAAUAUGGCACUUCCUUGCACGUAGUAGUUUGAGCAACGGUCGUAGGGACUGGCGCCACAAGAUAGUGCUUCUGGUUAGAUCCAGGAAGAGGAAUAGUGAGGUACCCUCGAAUGUAAGUGGGGUCUUCCCUCUUACUGCUGCUUGCAGGAAGGCCUUAUCCUGUAGGAAGCUGAAGUGAAGGAUAAGGUCUGGAAUAGCGGAAGCUGGUGCCUCAGCCGGCUUGGGGAAGUGGAACAUGCUGUCUAAUUUAAUGGUCUUGGCGUGUUUCGGUGGUAGGCAGGCUGCAAAGAACUGUCUGAUGAAGUGAGGUAAGUCUAGCAGUCCUACCAAUUCCGGCACCCCUUGCGCUUCAGGUUGUACAUUCUCUGCUGGUCCUCCAGGGCAUCUAUUCUGCUGUCAGCUUUUUGCUGGUGUUGAUUUAGAGCUGCCAGGCCUCUCUCGACCGCUGUAAGCCUAAUAUCUUGAGUGCUACGGGUGGCUUCAAGUUGAACUAAUUUAAUGGUCGUACUUUCAACGGCCUUCUUGAAGGAGGCCAAGUCUCCCGCUAUGUUUGUGCAGGGUGACUUUAAUUUUUUUAAUGAACAGUUUUUCAUUUUCAGUCUUUAUCUCUCAUUAGCAAGUCUGGUUUCCAUUUGUUUUGCUAAUAUCCUCUUUACGGAGUUCUGUUACUAUCUAGAAGUAUAUGAAAUAAGUUGUGAGCACUCAAGUAGACGGUCCAAAAGCAUGGAAAGUAGAAAUUAAAUAGUCCAUCACAUAUCUGUUACAUAUAAGAAAUCCUUAUGUAUUUAGACAAUGGGUAACAAUGUUUUACCUAAUGCUGGUCUUCAUCACGUCAUAUUUUACUGGUGUUUACUUACUUGGUGUUUGCCACCUGUUAAGGGUAUCCUCAUAGAUUUCUGCAUACUAUCAGAUGUCUCUGAUUUCUCCUACAGAACCUAACACCUGUUACCUUGGAGUGGCUGUGGUGAAAAAAUCAAGUUCAUUCAUGUUUGACGGCCUUAAGGACAAGACAACAUGUCACACAGGAAUAGGAAAGAGUACCGGCUGGAAUGCUCCUAUUGGGGAACUCCUAGAUCGCGAAAUUCUGGACUGGGAAGGACCUGAAAUGGAAAGCAUUGAAAAAAGUAUGUCAAUCAUUUCCUAAAACAUGGAUAUCUGUGUGUUUGUUUUCUGUAAUAUACCUCUAUGUAAAUAAUAGGCCAUUUCAGUUUACAGCUUGGCCCUACGUUAAUCAGAUUUGGCUUUUAACCCCUUAAGGACACAUGACAUGUGUGACAUGCCAUGAUUCCCUUUUAUUCCAGAAGUUUGGUCCUUAAGUGGUUAAGGAUAGUGUAAGGUAAAACAUGCAUAGUUUAAAUGCAUUCAAACAGUGCAUUUGUAAUAAAGUUAUGCAUUUAUUCAUUUUUUUAAACUGUACUCCAAGACUCUAAAUACUUUCCUUGUUGUGGCUGCAGACUUUGUUUCUGCAGCUAAAACACCUCCUUAUCUGCCUAACACAAGCAGCACCUAUGGCAGGCACUGAAAUUGGGCCCCUAGUGGCCCUUGUCCAAACAUCUGACACAUCUUUUAGAUAACUUUACCAUAAAUUCAGCUCAAUACUACAAGCUGUAUGUCAUGUGUAUGUGUGGUGUCUUCUGGCUGUGUGUGAUGUGUGUGGGAUGUGUUGGCUGUAUGUAAUAUGUGUGUGUAUGUGGUAUGUGUGUGAUGUAUGCUGUUUGUGAUGUGAUGUGUGGGCUAGCUGUAUGUGGUGUGUGUUUUGGGUGUGCUGGCUAUAUACAAUGUGUGUGUGUGUGUGCAGUGUGCUGACUAUAUGCAGUGUAUGUGUGUGUGUGGUGUGCUGACUAUAUGUAAUGUGUUUGUGUGGUGUUCUGACUAUAUCUAAUAUGUGCUUCAUGUUUGGUGGCUGUAUGUAACAUGUGUUGUCAUGCUCUGUGUAGCCCACUCAUACUUUCCUUUCUCCAAAGAUGGGGGAGUAUGAACCCUGGUGGUCCAAGGGUGUGGUCAAAUUCCCUUGUAGUCAAGCAGGGGUUUUGUUUGUCACGUUGUCUAACGGGGUCCUGAGUCCCUGAUAGUCCAGUGGGACAGCAUGAGGUUUGUACCAACAGCGUAAUUGCUCCCUGUGCAAGCUGAGAACAUCCACUGGUGACGCUCUGAGUCACUAGAGAGCGCCAGACCACAAGAAAGCCAUUACUGAGCACCCACCAUAGGUGCCAAGCUCACACUCGAACUUUGAUUCCCUUCACCAUAGCAGUCCUUCUACUUGCCCACGGCAGGGAUAAAAGAAAAAACAAACCUUUAAGUGGCACCCACAUGUGCCAUACCUGCCAUACUCGAGGUAUUAGAACUGUUGUUAUUACUUCUCUAUAAGAAGUACUAGACCAAAACCCUGUACUAUGUAAAAAAUAAAAUUGGAAGUUAGCAUGCUGAUGCCAGACAUUGAAAUAAAUACAAUGUUUGAAUUUGAUUCUGUCCCUAAAUGACAGCCAUUAAGAAUGCCUUCCAAUAUAGGGUGUGUGACAUCGUCUCUACUGCCAUUAUGGGAGCAUGUCAUUGUUGCCACCUCUGUCAAAGGCCUGGAAGCAGGCAGGGUCACCUAAAACAAGAAGCAUGCCAGGCUGGACCCACUCAGGGACGUGCAUGCACUUUUAAUGCUCUCUGGCAUUAGUUUCAUUCUUUGACUGCAGUUUGCAAAGCACAAGAACAUAUUUUGAUACACUCACUUAAUGGUGAUCAGUCCCAGAUGUGGGACACAACAUGAAAGUUCUGUUACUAACUAUUUUCUGUAAUUUAGGAGUGUCAAGGUUCUUCAAAGCGUCUUGUGUUCCUGGUGCGACUGAGCCAAACUUGUGUAAGCAGUGUGGAGGGAAAGGCAAAGAUAAAUGUGCUCGUUCUAAUGCUGAACCAUACUACAACUACGAGGGCGCAUUCCAGUAAGGGCUGCAUUGUUUAUACUUUUUUUUUUUUUUUUUUUUAAUUAGAGAACAAUUUCAUAUUCUGACUUUACAUACAUUACUCAUUAACAGGUCCACAUAAAGUAUUUAUUGAAUAGUCACAACUGAUGUAAUCCCUGAAUCAAAGAUCACUAUUUUUUGAAUGCAUAAAGGACUGUAUAAUAUGUUAUUGCUGUGUAAUUAAAUGGCAGUAUGUAAGCAAUAUUCUAAAUACACCAAGGGAAACAGAAAUUAAACUAAAGAGCAUGAAGGGAACAGGUUGAUUUAAAUGGAUCUAGAGCAACAUGUGCUAAUUAAGCAGAGUAGCAGCUGUCAUCAAUAGGGAUAUUUGCUAAAGUGAAUGUAAGUCCAUAAUAGCGGAACUGAAGCAUUUUGUCAAUUUCACCUUAAAGGGAUUCUCCAGUGCUAGGAAAACAUAUUUGUUUUCCUGGCACUGUAGGAUCCUCUAGUGCCCCUCUACCUCCCACCCCCCAUCCCAAGUUGCUGAAGGGGUUAAAACCCCUUCAGUGAUCUACAGAUGCCCCUCGGCACUGGGUUAGGCACCACCUACGUCAACCGUCAGGAGAGACCUAAUGCGCUUGUGAGGCUGUCGGCGGGGGAGACCUAAUGCACAUGCGUUGCAAUGGCCGCGCAUGCGCAUUAGACCUCCCCAUAGGAAAGCAUUGAAUAAUGCUUUCCUAUGGGGAUUUUGGCGACGCUGGAGGUCCUCACAUAGCGUGAGGUCGUCCAGCGCCGUUUUAUGAACACGGAAGUCUCCUCUAGUGGCUGUCUAGUAGACAGCCACUAGAGAAGGACUUAACCCUGCAAUGUAAAUAUUGCAGUUUAUGAAAACUGCAAUAAUUACACUUGCAGUGUUAAGGGCAGUGGGUAGUAGUAUUACUUUACUGAGAGAGUAGUGGAUGCAUGGAAUAGCCUUCCAGCUGAAGUGGUAGAGGUUAACACAGUAAAGGAGUUUAAGCAUGCGUGGGAUAGGCAUAAGGCUAUCCUAACUAAACGAUAAUGCCAGGGACUAAUGAAAGUAUUUAGAAAAUUGGGCAGACUAGAUGGGCUGAUGGGUUCUUAUCUGCCGUCACAUUCUAUGUUUCUAUUCUAUGGGUUGGCACCCAGACCACUCCAAUAGGCAGAAGUGGUCUGGGUGUCUGGAGUGUCCCUUUAAAUUUAAAACUCACAUUUAUUUCACUCAGAAUUUUCACCAGAGAAUGCAUUUUACAAUGGAGGCCAGCUUAUACCUGCUGUAAAGUAAACUGCAAAAAAUGUCUUUGCGAAGAUAGAAUGAUUGGUAUCUUAAAUUUCUUUACUCACUCAGGUGCUUGAAAGAUGGUAAAGGAGAAGUCGCUUUCGUGAAACAAACAACUGUACCAUCAGGUAACUGAUAUGUCUGUCUAUAUUGCAGCCUGAUGACAUCACUGAUACACUGUAUCACUAACCUGUAAUAUAGCCAAAACAUAGACUUUUGUACUGAUCUAUUUAUCUAACUGUAGAAUGGCAUCCCACUCACCUUCCUACAUAUGUUCCUUCUAAGAAAUAUUUUGUUAUAAAGUAUACAGUCUAUAUGUAAAGGUAAUCAGCGAAAUACAUUUGACAUGGAUGUGUAGCACUUAAAUGGAACCACAAGAUGGCAGCAUAGUCCAAAAAAAGGCUAUUUUUGGCGAGUAAUAAAUGGAUGUGCAGUACUGUAAUAUUUGUCAGAAACAUAGUACAUGUAACCUUUGUGAGAUCGGGCACACUAUGUUGGAAUAAAACUCAAAAUAGGAAACUUGCUAUAAAGGAGGCAGUAAAUGUAUGGUAUCCUUCCAGGGCCGGCCUUAGGUGAUCAGACGCCCUGUGCGAGCCCAACAUAUGGCGCCCCCCCCCCCUUCAGCAAAACCUCUGCCCCUUCUACAAUAGCCCUGUUCCGCCUUCUACAAAACCCUUCCACAAACCCCAGCCCCCCUUUCUACAAAAACCCUGCCCCCCUUUUUACAAAACCCCUGCCCCCUCUACAAAACCCCUGCUCCCCCUUUAAUAAAACCCCUGCCCACCCUUCUAUAAUUUUUUUCUCCCCCUUUAACAAAACACAUGCUAUCAUUAUAUAUAUCAACUAUACAGCAAUGUUCACAUAAUAUCACUAAAAACCUUCCCCCUCCACCAAAACCACUGCCACCCUCUACAAAAGUCCUGCACUCAUUCUACAUAAACCUCUGCUCCCCUUCUACAAAACCCAUGCUCCCCUUAUACUAAGCCCCUGCUCCCCUUCAACUAAACCCCUGCUCCCUUAUACUAAACCCCUGCCCCCCUUAUACUAAACCCCUGCUCCCCUUAUACUAAACCCCUGCCCCCUUAUACUAAGCCCCUGCUCCCCUUAUACUAAACUCCUGCCCCCCUUAUACUAAAGUCCUGCCCUGUUAUACUAAACCCCUGCCCCCCUUAUAUUAAAGUCCUGCCUCCCCUUAUACUAAACCCCUGCUCCCCUUAUACUAAACCCCUGCCCCCUUAUACUAAACUCCUGCCCCCUUAUACUAAACCCCUGCCCCCUUCUACUAAACCCCUGCUCCCCUUCUACUAAACCCCUGCUCCCCUUAUACAAAACCCCUGCUCCCCUUAUACAAAACUCCUGCCCCCUUUACAAACCCCCUGGUCCCCCUUCAACAAAACCCAUGCCCCCUCCACAAAAUCCUUUCCCCUGCCACUUCACCAGAAAUGCCUGCCCCCUCUACAAAACCCCUGCUCCCCCUUUAAUAAAACCCCUGCCCACCCUUCUAUAAUUUUUUUUCUCCCCCUUUAACAAAACACAUGCUAUCAUUAUAUAUAUCAACUAUACAGCAAUGUUCACAUAAUAUCACUAAAAACCUUCCCCCUCCACCAAAACCACUGCCACCCUCUACAAAAGUCCUGCACUCAUUCUACAUAAACCUCUGCUCCCCUUCUACAAAACCCAUGCUCCCCUUAUACUAAGCCCCUGCUCCCCUUCAACUAAACCCCUGCUCCCUUAUACUAAACCCCUGCCCCCCUUAUACUAAACCCCUGCUCCCCUUAUACUAAACCCCUGCUCCCCUUAUACUAAACCCCUGCCCCCUUAUACUAAGCCCCUGCUCCCCUUAUACUAAACUCCUGCCCCCCUUAUACUAAAGUCCUGCCCUGUUAUACUAAACCCCUGCCCCCCUUAUAUUAAAGUCCUGCCUCCCCUUAUACUAAACCCCUGCUCCCCUUAUACUAAACCCCUGCCCCCUUAUACUAAACUCCUGCCCCCUUAUACUAAACCCCUGCCCCCUUCUACUAAACCCCUGCUCCCCUUCUACUAAACCCCUGCUCCCCUUAUACAAAACCCCUGCUCCCCUUAUACUAAACUCCUGCCCCCUUUACAAACCCCCUGGUCCCCCUUCAACAAAACCCAUGCCCCCUCCACAAAAUCCUUUCCCCUGCCACUUCACCAGAAAUGCCUGCCCCCUCUUCUACAAAACCUCUCCUCUACACCAAAACCCCUACCCCCUUUUUUACAAAACCUCUAACCCCUUCUAUAAAACCUCUGCUCCUCCCUAAACCAACCCCCUUCUACAAAACCCCUUCCCCAAAAUCCCAGCGAGAAAACCUCUGCUCCCCCUUCUGCAAACCCCCACACACACACACACAAAAACAACAAUCUAUUUAAUUAAAAAAAAAAAAAAGCAAUAGUUACAACAAGAAUAAACAGACUCACAUUAAAGCUUGCUGCUCCCUGGAACCUCCUGACAGUGUCCCAGUCUGCCGACCUUGAUACCAGCACUGACCUCCUCCCUCACACUCACUGUGCGGAUCCUUCCGCGGAUGACUGUGGAGGCGGAGCAUGCUCUUCCUCCGUGCUCCUGACCUCCUCUCUCUCCCGGCCGCUGCUCUCUUCAUAAUUUGCAAGUCAAGUGCGCAGCAUAAUGCACUUGACUUGCUCUGCACAUGACUCGGGCCGGCAUGUGAGUGACUGAGUGCGAGCUGUGCUGGCCGCCCGGCGCCCCUGUUGCCAUGGCGCCCUGUGCGGCCGCACAGCUCGCACACCCCUAAGGCCGGCCCUGUAUCCUUCCACUAAUAGCCCAGAGUCAGAGAUGGGAACAUGUCAUUAUAUAGGGUAAAAUAAAUUUACUGUGUAUCUAGGGUACUGCUAUGUAUCUAGGGUGCAGCUUGCCGAUUAGUUGGCAGAGUGAGUGAAUGGAUAUUCCUCUUCCGUUCCUGGGUUUUCAUGACCAUAGCGAAGCAGAACCUAACUCUCAUUAGCGGGAUCGGAGGAGGAAUUUAGGCAAUUAUACAGUGUGUUGCAUGAUGGUCAUGAUGCAUGACUAAGGUCUUGUAGGCUGAAACAUUACAUAGCUUUUUGUUGUAUCCUAAGCCCACCAAUAAUGCGCUGUUAAUGCAUUGUGGGUUAUAUUUGGAACUCUGUAGGUCAUCUCUACUAUAAAACACAGCUUGGUGUCAUUUUAUGAUUUUGUGCCUGUUUUACAUCAGACUGCAUCAAUAUGUCACCAUACAUACUUUAGCCUUACCGGAAGAUUUUGCAGUGAGUUGCUGGUUGAACCUAUAUGUAUGACUCUUUAAAGCAGUAGUCAGACAAGAUAAUACUAGUUAAUAGUUAUAAUUUACUAAUAUUUAGUGAAGAAUGAAACAGGAUACGGAAAUUAAGAGCACAUGAAGCACGUAUACAAAUUCAUAGCAAGAAGCUGAAACUACUCACUCUCACUUAUAGACUACAUAACUGCAUUAAGAAAUCUCCUUUCGAGUUUUCCAUUCAGUUAACAUGUACAUCCCUAUAAGACAUUUCCAGUACCAUGAUAAGUUGUGCUACCAACUUACAAAACAUAGUUUACAUUGGAUAGGUUUUAUUGUCUGAUUUACAAUGAAAUCCUCUAUAUACUCCAAAACAAUCAGAAAAAUAAUAAUUGAAGCAAACUUAUUUUGUGACAAAUUCUAAACGGUGGGCACAUACAUCCACACGAAUACACAUGUACAAACAUACAAAUAUACAUACAGAUACAAAUACGUACACACAUUUAGGAAUUCAGCCUCUGCCAUGACAUUGACACUCUAAUUCCUGCCUGAUAAAUCAAAUAAAUGCCCCUUUACCUUGUGUGUGUGGCAGACUUAACAAGUGGAGGCUCUGCCAAUUUGUGUCCUUGGAUGCAGGCAUUCGGGGGUAAGGGUUACACCUCAGGUAGCCCUGCUGCCAGACAGACAUAAAUUUCCGUGACUUCUCGUGGAAGCAUUUACCCAAUUUUCUGUUUCUCCUCGUCCAUUGCCAUAUGUGCCUUGGCUGGACCCAGGAUGGAACUGGAUUAUGUGUCAUUUCCGAAAUCUUCAUAGUAUUGGUUUAUAAGAAAACAAAGCAUACACACAAGCACACACAAAAAAUAAGGUAUACUUAAGUGCUAGAUAAUUUUUUUAUGUUUUAUUCAAUGGUGUAAUUUCAAGAUAAUUUUACAGUUCUCCUUUAAAUAAGAUACUAGGUCAGCUUGGCAGUAUCCAAUUUAUACUGGUGGUAAUAUUCAAUUUUUUCUGGAUUACAUGAAUUUGCAUGUAAAGUUCUGGGUAGGCAUCAUUAUUAUGUUAACUUCUCACAUAACGGAUUACUUUUCCUCUUCAGCCAAAUAUGACAAAGAUUAUGAACUGCUAUGUCCAGACAAUACCAGGAAACCUCUUGCAGACUACAAAUCCUGCAACUUGGCUAGAGUUCCAGCCCAUGCUGUGAUUACAAGGGACAACGAUCCAAAGACUCCAGACAUCAAAGAAUAUCUCAAACAAGCGCAGGUUACAAUUACAAUCCUUAACAUUUGUGCCAUAUUUUAAUGCAAGCUCAGGUUAUGACUAUACAUAAAAGCCAAUUUGGCCCAAUCCCACAGUCCUCAUACCCAAUUUUUAUUUUAGUAGGACCACUUACUGCCAUUGGCUGACUGGAGGGUCCUUUUGAACUCCACAUCUAGACUUUAGCUAUUCGGUUGUGGUUGGAGUCUUGGCUUCCCCUCAAUGCUUACCACUGAGGUGGCUACUGACUCAUAUAAAAAAGAAAAUGUCUCAGAUAAGUGUCCUUCUCAGAAAUUAUGAAUCUGGCUGUGCUGGAAGUCAGUUAAAUAGAUCUUCUACAUCGAGAGAUGUUCCUAUUCCAAUCUAUGAGAUGUCUGUUUUUCAACCUGUUCAGUGAAACCUCUGAGUCCACCAAAGCUUGUGGUGUCCUUGGGAUACUGCUCCAUGAAACAUUUUCAGGAUUAUGUACUUAACUGAAAAUUGUAAUUGAAUUCAAAGUUAAUUCAAAGUGAAAUUCAAAUUUAAGGCCAAAGUAGCUGAAAUCAAAGCAUAACUAACUUAAAGCAGCACUGUCACCACUCCCCAGCCCCUGUAAAUUGAAUAUUUAAUAAUGAUAAAACAUUUAGGAAAUGCUCAUGUUGACUGUGUUGGAAUUUCACUGAAAUUCCAACCAAGUCAGAAGAUAUACUGAGGCAAAGUAGGGACUUCUCAGUCUCAGUAUGUUUCUACGCCUGACACUUCUAGACACUGGGUGGAUCUACUGCCGUCUAGAAGUGUCAAUCCCUCCAGCCAUCACCAGUGAUGGGUGCAAAAAAUUGGCUCUGUCUAUGGAGGAUCCCGCAGUCUCGCGGGAUCCUCCAUAGAUAUUAAUGCUCUGUUUUUACGAAUGCAGAAGAGUAGUGCAGUGACAUUGGCUCCUGACGCUUCACAGAGGUUGGAAGAUGAUGGUGGCACCACUCACAACAGGAAUCCAACACAAAAUGGCCAAGUUACCAAAUUUGCAGGAAAAUAGCACAUAUUUGCAAGACUAAGAACAUAAAUUUGUCACGUGAAAUAAAUUAGCACCAGAAUUAACAGUUUAUGUGUAGUUUUUGAGGAAUAAUUUCCAGUUUUUAUUUGAUUUUAGGAAAAGAAAUGCAACCUAUUCAGCUCCCCCUUUGGGAAGGAUCUGAUGUUCAAAGACUCAGCUGUGAAUCUGAUAGAUCUCCCACCAGCCAUGGACUCUUUGUUGUAUAUGGGAACUAAACAUUACCGCGCUCUCCAGGCGCUCAGGCACGGUAGGCAUCAACAAUAUUUGGAGGAUCACACCAGGAUUAAAAAAAAGUGUGAGGGGUUUAUUGAAAGUGGGAAUCAAUUCAGCAUUCAUGUUUCAAGUAGAAUCACAAAGAAAAUCAGUGUUUUGUUGUGCUAUGAUUAAGAAAGUGACUUUAGCUGUUUGACCACAACUUAAUUGGUUCGGAGUUGUCUAAAGAUGAUGCGAGUUGUAGUGCAGUAAGAGAUAAAAAUUCAGAGAGGCUCCAUAGUGAUCCCAAACAUAUGUUGUAUGCAUGAUAACUAAGAAGUAUAUGAACCACGUGUGGCAUUUAGCAGAUAGAAACACAUCAGUGGUCCGAGAAUCCAGCUGCUGGACCAAUGCUUGCUUCCUCCAAACUCUUUGCUUGAACUCUAAACUCACCCUGUUUUCUCACCAUGAAGCUACACUAUUUAGUAAAUUAUUUACUAUUAGUAAUUUGAAAUCUUUUAUUAAUAAUAGUAUUUAUAUAGCUCCAAUAUUUUCCACAACACUUUAAGAUUAUAGAAUUGGGGAUAUUUGACAAAACAUAAUUGACAUGCACAAUAAUAAUAGCAUUAAAAAAGGGUAGCACACAAGCAAGCCUAAAUCAGAUGGAUAGAACAAAGCUCAACGUGGAAGGUUAACAUUUGGUGAAUGACUACUCCCUCUAGUGGUAAAUAAGAAUACCAUAUACAGUAUAUAAUAACACUGCAGCACACCAUGUGUGUCAAAAAAAAAAUAUCUUUAUUAAUAAAUCAAUAACAUAAAAUAAGGUGUCACUAUGAUAAAGUGUUAAAGGUAAUACCUUACCAGAAAUGCACACAUAUAUGAAACACAUAUGAGCCAGACUAUAUGAAAAGACUAUGCACAGAUAGGGAUAGAGUCAAAAUACUGCUGGUCCAUAAUAACAGUGUUACCUCCGGGUAUGUAUGUGGCAAGGCAGCAGGAGAUCACAAUUUUUCGGCAGGAAGCCUUUGUCAAUAGAAUUAUAUAUGGGUUCUGAUUUUUGGGUGUUGUAUAUAUGUACAUAUGUGCAUUUUUGGUAAGAGGUAUCACCUUUAACACUUUAUAAUGUCAACAACCUUUUUACUGUAUAGAUGUAUUAAUAAAGAUCCAUUUUUGAACACAUAGUGUGCUCAAGUAUUAAUAUUAUUAUUAUUAUUUUUAUUAUAAAUGUAAAAUAAUACGGGCAGAGAAAAUAUCUGAAGAAGGCCCUGCUCAACCAAGCUUAUAAUCUAAGGAGUUUUAGAUGUUUAUUUCUCUGAAUCGAAAGAAAAUUCAGCAACAUCUCUGGCUCUCUUUCCACAGAGAAAAAAAAAGUAAAACCAAACACAAUACGUUGGUGCACACAAAGCAAGCUUGAGAAGGAAAAGUGUGACAAUUGGUCUACAGUAAGUGGUGGAGCCAUUGAGUGCAGCGUGGGAACCUCUGCUGAAAAUUGUAUUCACCAGAUUCUGGUAAGGGAGAAUUUUUUUUUUUUGAAAGUGUGAAUUUUUUUUGUCCAUAAUAAAUAAAGAUGUCUUUUCUUCACGAUACCCCCAGUGUUCUCCCAUCACAGAUAAUUAUCAUUAUUUUUGCUCACUAAGCACAGCAUUGUAAUGGAUUGAUAGUGGAGUAGCAAUAUUGGCAGUUAUGAAAUUGGGAGAGGGCUGGGGUUGGCAAUGGCAUUGCUGGAUAAUGGGCAUGCUCGUACACAUUUAGUUUUAAUGACAAUACACAUGCCCGUAAAGGGGUGCAUCAUCCAGUGACGCAUAUGCAUGAGAUUGAAAUGCUUCCCAUAGACUGAACACUGCUGUAACACUCACAUAUGGACACAAAUGCCUUAAUAUUCUCUCCAAGUGCAGAUAUAUUAAUGCAUUUUCUCUCAGUCCACCUAACACCAAAUGACAGGAUCAGAUUACUAAAAAAUAAUAGAAAAUCACAUUUCACCUGCCAUGUGACUUGACACGUUCAUAGUCUAAAGCAGGGAUGCCCAAAAGGUAGAUCCCCAGAUUUUUUUUAAACUACAAAGCAAAGCAUCAUGUAGUGCUACAACAUCUGGGGAUCUACCUUUUGGGCACCCCUGGGCUAAAGUAUCUGAAAUGAAGAUAUUUUUUCCAAGUGGCUAGUUUGGUAUAACAUUUGAGAUUCUCUUUUUACUGCUCCUCAGUUCCCAAUUUUAUGAAUGAACACUGCAGCGUUUCCUAUUCAUUCAUUUAAUUUUAUAAAAACGGCUCUUUGAAAGCCAGCUAAUUUUACUCACAAGGGCACUUUCUUUUCUCCCACAUUUCAAGAACAAGUUUUUUUUCCUGGGCCUGUAUCUGAUCACCCGUCACAGGUAAAUGAAGGGAACAGAUAAAUAAGGAAAUCAUUUUAUAGUCCACAUAGGAAAGAAUGUAAGCUCUGUUGGUCAGACUGAAAUGAUAAAAUGAUAGGAAAUUGCAGUCUUUUUAGAUCAUGCUCGCUGAUCUUAAGAGGGACUGCACAGAUUUUUGUCCAGGAUUCAUAUAUAUCUCAUAAUAGAUUUGUUUUAUUGCUUUACUGCCUGAAUUCUUGUCUUUACAGAAGAGUGAAGCUGAUGCAGUGACAUUGGACGGAGGAUACAUGUACACAGCAGGGGCAUGUGGAUUGGUACCGGUAAUGGGAGAAUAUUACGAUGCAGGUAUGGGAACCCAUUCUCACGUAAAGUUUUCACUACCAUGCAGCCCUUUUAGAUUUAAGAAACACUCCAAGCACCAUAACCACUACAGCACACUGUAUUAGUUAUGGUGCCAGGAGACUCCCCUUCCCCUUUGUAAGUAGUCAAACAAUUCUAGAAUAGUUUAAUUUCUUUGAUGGGGUGUUUUGGGAGCCCAUCUCCUACUUUACUUUCUCAGCCAGAGAGCUGGAAGUUUCUGCUUAGGAGCUGCUAUUGUAGGAUAAGAUUUUUGGCUUAUGGCAUCAGAUGAUCACUCUCAACCAGUGCGCUAAGCCCUGCACCGCCAGACUUAGCUCAUACAGUGAGUUUCUAGCUCUCUAGCUGAUGUGGGGAAGGCACCUUGAGGACCCUACUUAGGAAGUCAAACAUUCCUAAAACAGUUUAGUGCCUACCAUGUGAUGGCGGACAGGGCACACUUAUAAAUAAAUCUACAAGUCGGCAAUAUUUUCAGCUUGCCUGAAAUAACCCCAAAGGUGUUGAUUCAUUGAAAAGUGAGUUAUGGCAAGUUUUAAAAUGAAGACCAAAGCAAAUGUUUUGGGGACAUUCUUCAACUUUGCUAUUUUUGUCUAAAUUUUCCAACUAUUUGCUAUUUAACAACCAAUCACCUCAACUCAAAGGUUAGUUAAAACAUUCAAUAAAUUCCAGUAUAUAUCAGAAUACGGUUUCCCAAGGGAAAAUUUUAGAAAAGCUACCAGAAAUGUCAAGCCACAAUCUUAAUCUUCUGAUAUUCCUUGCUUCUUCCAGAAACUACAAAUUCAUUAUUUUCCCAUGACCAGUAAGGGCUAUUGACCGAACACCAAAUUUCUAAUCAAAGGCUAAAUUCUAUUAUAAGAGAUAAGCGUAUUUCUUGUAAUUGAAUAGAAGUUGGCUCAUAACUCUCCAUGCAGCCAAUCCUUCUCUGGUGACAUCACUCCCCUUACUGCAGAGGGAGGGAUGUCCCAGAAGAGAAAUUAAUUGAGAACCUGGGCAGCAUGGGGGGGCAUGCUCCCAUUGUCUGACACCAACAUUCUAUGCUGGUCCGCACACAAUUAUCUAAAUCCUCAUGGGAAGGAUUUUGAUUCACUUGUAUGCUUCAUUUUUCUUUUCAGAAGAUCAAACACCAUGCAAGUCAAAGUCCACAAAAACAAAAGGUACAUGCAUUUACUACAUUAUUUUAUAUUGCCUUUGUAUUUGCACAACAUGGUGAGGAUAUUGAAACAUUGAAUGUGACGGCAGAUAAGAACCAUUCAUCCCAUCUAGUCUGCCCAAUUUUCUAAAUACUUUCAUUAGUCCCUGGCCUUAUCUUAUAGUUAGGAUAGCCUUAUGCCUAUCCCACGCAUACUUAAACUCCUUUACUGUGUUAAUCUCUACCACUUCAGCUGGAAGGCUAUUCCAUGCAUCCACUACCCUCUCAGUAAAGUAAUAAUUCCUGAUAGUAUUUUUAAACCUUUGUCCCUCUAAUUUAAGACUAUGUCCUCUUGUUGUGGUAGUUUUUCUUCUUUUAAAUAUAGUCUCCUCCUUUACUGUGUUGAUUCCCUUUAUAUAUUUAAAUGUUUCUAUCAUAUCCCCCCUGUCUCGUCUUUCCUCCAAGCUAUACAUGUUAAGAUCCUUUAACCUUUCCUGGUAAGUUUUAUCCCGCAAUCCAUGAACCAGUUUAGUAGCCCUUCUCUGAACCCUCUCUAAGGUAUCAAUAUCCUUCUGAAGAUACGGUCUCCAGUACUGUGUACAAUACUCCAAGUGAGGUCUCACCAGUGUUCUGUACAAUGGCAUGAGCACUUCCCUCUUUCUACUGCUAAUACCUCUCCCUAUACAACCAAGCAUUCUGCUAGCAUUUCCUGCUGCUCUAUUACAUUGUCUGCCUACCUUUAAGUCAUCAGAAAUAAUUACUCCUAAAUCGCUCUCUUCAGAUGAAAAUGAGAAAGUGGUGAGAGCACUCAGUAAAUAUAAAUAAAAAUAUUACCAAUAUUGGCAUAGAUCCAUUCCAAUAAAAUGUAGAAAAUUAAAUACCGUUGGAAACUAUAUGCCCUAAUAUUCUCUCCAAGUGCAGAUAUAUUAACGUAUUUUCUCUCAGUCCACCUAACACCGAAUGACAGGAUCAGAUUACUAAAAAAUAAAUGGAAAAUCACGUGUCACCUGUGACUUGACACGUUCAUAGUCUAAAGCAGGGUUGCCCAAAAGGUAGAUCCCCAGAUGUUUUAAUACUACAAAGCAAAGCAUCAUGUAGUGCUACAACAUCUGGGGAUCUACCUUUUGGGCACCCCUGGGCUAAAGUAUCUGAAAUGAAGAUAUUUUUUAUUAACUGGGGGACAGCCAAUGACGUCACAUUCUCUUCCUCCCCAGGUUCAAUUUGUUGCACUUUAUGUGUGUGUUUAGUGAUCCACACAGGUGAUAGUAGCACCAAUUUUUCACGAGUUCCAACAUUUGUAUUUUUAUUCCCCUUCCUCAGAUGUUGAGGUUAGGACUCUACCAAAUAUUCUGUACUCUGCCCUUGGGUUUUUACAUCCAAGGUGCAGUAUCUUGCGCUUAUCCACAUUAAAUGUCAGUUGCCACAAUUCUGACCAUUUUUCUAGUUUACCUAAAUCAUUUGUCAUUUGGCUUAUCCCUCCUGGAACAUCAACCCUGUUACAUAUCUUAGUAUCAUCAGCAAAAAGACAUAACUUACCAUCAAGACCUUCUGCAAUAUCACUAAUAAAAACAUUAAAUAGAAUGGGUCCAAGUACAGAGAAUGGAUAGUUUAUAUAUUUAAAAUAUAUUAUUAUGAAGUUUAAUAAUGCUAUGUUUAAAGGUAUGCACAUGUGAGACUAUGCGAACAUUAAUCAAUGUGCUUGAUUUUUUUUUAAUUAUGCAUUCAAUUAAAGUGACUCUCUAAGAACCAUGAUAAUUACAGCUUAGUAGCUCUGGUAAAAAGAGUCUGUCCCUGCAGGAUAACAAUUGUAAACACUUCCUUUUCUGAGUACAUUUGAUCACUAAGCCACUAGAGGCCCUUCCUAGUGUGGUCCUCCAAACCUUGAAGGACCAACAUUCGACAGUGCCAAUUACUCUCUAUAAAGGUGUUCUGAUCUAAUGCACCUGUAUGAAAAAAUGCUGAUUGGCACAGUGCAGUGAUUGGCAGUCAUGUACACAAGCCCCUCCAAUGCUUAUCUUUGGGGUAGCAAUGAGUUGGCUGAGAUCAUCAGUAACGAUCAUCUUAGCUAAGGGAUGAUUGGCGACUGUGGCGAGACCUGCAUGCUGGGAGAUAGAAGGUAAAUAAAACUAUUUAUUUAACCAUUUAAGAGGGGUGUGUAAUAAACCACCCCAUACAUCAGUCUUCUGUUAGGAAAACAUGUUUGUAUUUAUAGUGCUCGAGUGUUCCGUUAACUCUGAUUCUGAACAAGAGUUAAAUGUAAAUAUAGUAUUUAUACUUAUACCAUUCAAUAUUUUGAAGAUGAAGAGGCAGCAGUUUUUGGAGUGUUGUUUCUUUUGUAUAUAUUAUAUUUAUAAAAUAGCUAAAAUAAGUAUUUUCCUCUCCCCAAGGCACAUAUGUCGCUGUAGCUGUGGUUAAAGCAAAAGACAAAGAUAUCACAUGGAACAAUCUUAAAGGCAAGAAGUCAUGUCACACUGCCAAGGAUCGCACAGCUGGCUGGGUCAUUCCUGUUGGCCUUAUUGUUAAUGAAACCAAAAACUGUGAUAUAGGUGAGUAUAUGCUACAAUGCUGGGUACUAUGAUACUGGUGCUUAAAGGGAUACCAUAGAAACAAAAUACAUACAAAAAGAUACUCAGCUUCAAAGUUCCUGCUGCUUCUGGUUACACGGGGCAAACAGGAGCAGCAGGCAGUCCCCUCAAAUGGCAGGAAGAGAUUUUACUAACCCAGAGUUUCUCAUUCUAGUCUAUUUUUAUUAGUUCCAUAAGAUUUAUGGGGCAUGUAGUUUAUCCCCUCAGCCACAUUUCCACAAAUGACGAGUGGGAUUGCACUAUAAGUGGAGAGUUUGGAAUCUGAUUGAUUGAUUGAUUGAUUGCUUCUGUGGACAGGUGUCUUUUAUACAGGUAACGAGCUGAGAUUAGGAGCACUCCCUUUAACCCCUGAAGGACCAAACUUCUGUAAUAAAAGGGAAUCAUGACAUGUCACACAUUUCAUGUGUCCUUAAGGGGUUAAGAGAAUGCUCCUAAUCUCAGCUUGUUACCUGUAUAAAAGACACCUGGGAGCCAGAAAUCUUACUGAUUGAUAGGGUAUUAAAUACUUAUUUCACUCAUUGAAAUGCAAAUCAAUAUAUAACUUUUUUGACAUGUGUUUUUCUGGAUUUUUUUUUUUUUGUUAUUCUGUCUCUCAUUCAAAAUCAGCAGGGGAUCAAAUACUUUUUUCCCUCAUUUUACACACACACUCUGAUACACACACAUGCAUACACAUACAAACACACUGAUGCACAGAGACACACACACUGACAAAUCCAAACAUACUGUCACAAUGUGUAUCUCGCUGUGUGCAUUCCUGUGUGUGGCAUUGUCUAUCUGUGUAAGUGCCUGAAAGUGUGUGUCUGACAGAGUGUGCUGUUGAGCAUGUGUCUAGGACUGUAUGUUUUUGGGGUAGCUGCUUGCUGUGUGUAUGGGGGCUGACUGUGGCCUGUGGACUGUGUCCAUUGUGUUAUGGCAAAGCUGUUUCAUGACUGUGAGUGUAUGAUGAAUGUAUGAUGAAUGUAUUCAGCUGACCUGACAAGUCAUUCUGCCCUAUGGCAACGUAGGCGGCCGCGAGGCCUUAGGCAGCCGUCUAAAUCACCUAAUUAGGGAGCCGCCUCCACAGAAGAGUGGAAAACAGGUGGGUCAUUUACACAGUUUUAGGUGCAGUAUGAUACCAGUGAGUAAAUUAUACAGGGAUAUGUGAUAUUGGUGGAUAAGCCAUACAGUGAUGGGUAGAGUAAUAUUGUUGAGCAACGAGAAUAGAGCACAGUGCUUAAUGGAGUGCUCAUGAAAGAGUGCAAAAGAAGAGAGUAUGUUGCAGUGCAUAGUGGAAUUAAUAUUUUAAUUGUAGAGAAUAUAAUCAUAGCCUGAUUACCCGUUAGGCUACCAAGAGAAGAUCAAGAGAUUUUUCUGCACGGACCUGCGCUACCUUACUUCACAGAGGGAGCACUAACGUCUGUUAUUAUUUAGUUGUCUGGAUGAGAGGGGGCAGGGAUUAUUUAUAAUGGCCUUUAACUUGCAUAACUAAUCAGUGAUAAUACCUAAUAGACAUCAAAACACAUUUGCUUAAUGAAGCAGUUUUGGUUUAUAGCUCAAUUGUCUGCUCAAUUCUCUUCCAUUUAGGAGUUAAAUCACUUUUUUUAUGCAGACCUAGUCACACCUCCCUUCCUGUAAAGGGAGAUCUAAAGUUUACCUUUCCUUUAUUGCACAGUCUGUUUAAUUUAUAUUCAUUAUCAUCUCCACUGUUAAUAAUAGACCUUGCAGGAACAUCCUGUGUGUGAUUAAAGUUCAAUCUACAGAGCAGGGGAUAAAUACUUCUAAAGUAAGUAAAUAUCUGAUUAAAAAUUAAAUCAAUUUUUCAUGCAGUUUGUGUGAGUCACAGCCAGGAAUGGUGUGGCUAAAGCUGAUAAACAGAAACAAAAGUUAUUUAACUCCUAAGUAGCAGAGAAUUGAGCAGGGAGACUGCAGAGGCAUGAUCUAUUCAGAAAAAAAAAAUGCUUUUUUAAGCUAAAGUUGUUAAGUGACUAUAGUGUCCCUUUAAUACUUCUUUUCUUUUUUUAUAACAGGUAGUUAUUUUAGUGAAAGCUGUGCUCCUGGAUCUGAUGUCAAUUCAAACCUGUGCAAGUUGUGUGUCGGUGAUCCUAAAAAAAAACUGGAAAAUACAAAAUGUUCUCCAAGUACCAGAGAGGAAUACUAUGGAUAUGAAGGGGCAUUCAGGUAUAAUAAACUAGUCUAAAAAAAUGAAACUUGUCAUCUACUAAAUUCACAUUGUAGAAACUUGAUGAGAGUUGUAUACAGAUAUAAAUAUAACCAUUUAAGUAUCAGCACACAGUUUGAUAGCUACAUGAAAUCAUGUGUCAAGUCAAAACACAUCAAAAAGAAUGUUUCAUUAGUUAACAGGUUAUUGUGCCACAUUGCACAUAGCCUUUAUCACACAGCACACAUUUAUUGCACUUUCUGUAUGCAGAGUAUAGAACUUGACACAAAAAUGAGACAGAGCUUACAUGUAUCUUCUGAUAUGUAGCUUACAUAUCUUCUUCUAAUACCAGAUGCCUUGUUAAAGGUGGCGGUGAUGUAUGUUUUGUGAAGGGCAGCACAGUACCGGACAACACAGAUGGUAAGCAGAUCUGUCAAAAUGCAUAUAUACUAGAAAAUGACCACACUCUUUCUGUUAUCUUACAAUUUAUGGCAUUGUCUAACCUUUCAUUUAUCAUCCUGGGUUGUGGGAUAGUUACUAUUGCACUAUUAAUAUACUACAAUAGAAUUGACAGAGUUUAGGGUGGAAUGAGAGCUAAAAAAAAAACCAUGCUUCCGGACAGAAUCUGUUACACAACCCUCCAGUUCAAUCUGAUCCAAGCUGUACUUAAAAAUGUUAGGCUUCAAAAAUACUGGUUCAUUGGGAGUUGAUCAAUCACAUUUGAAUCAAUAUUUACUUCUGAAACCUUUUUAAAUUAUACUAGCUAAAGAAAAUCGGUAAUAAUUCUAAUAUAUGCACAUAUGUGGCAUAGAAAUUAGGGUUAGAACACAGUUCUUUCUAAUUCAGUAAUUGUUUUUUUGACAGGGGCCCAAAUGUUGUACAUUAGUUUUGUAGUAAUUUCUAAAAUUAGCUCCGUUAACAAUCUUUUAUUAUAUGUUAUCCAAAAAAAUGAAUUUCUUCAUCACAUUCUUCCCAGUGUUAUAGCGGGAGAGGCUGCUACAAUAAUUCAACUUAUUAUGAGUAGUUGCCUGGGGCAAGAUAACUGUGAAGUGCCAGCUCAAACCAAUGGACACUUGACUUGGGCACUUAAGAAAUUUUCGUUGAUGAAAAAAAAAUUAUUUUCAUUAGAACCGAAUUCCAUCCACUAACUUAUUUGUUUUCGAAAGUAAUUCGGACAUUAUUUUUGUUUUGAAGCUCCCAUUUGUUCAUUUGGUGCGAUUGGAAUUGCACCAAAUCAAUUGCAGAGUCAAACAGAGAUUCCCUAAAGACCAAAUGUACUCAUUCAUUCAAUGCGCAUUUGUUCGACCUGUAUACCUGUAAUAAUAUAUGAUGAGAGCAAGCCAAUAGAGGGGGUCAAGAACCACUACUUAAAUGAAUGUAGUUUCAUUACAAAGUGCUUGCAUGACAACAUUACAUCAAAACAAAUGAUAGGUGAAAGUUUAAAUGAAAUAACUAAUUAGCAUUCAUUAUCAAGCAUCCCUAAGCAUUAUUAUCAUCAGCAAAUAAUCUUUCAAGUCUAGGUAGACAUAAAAGAAUUGCAGAUAAUGCUAAUUGUAUUUUUUUUUCAGUUGGGAAGACAGUAAUUUAGUUUGUGCCUGAACUGUAAAACUUGCCCUGAUAUUUUAAAACCCCCUUAAAGUACUGGGCAGGUGAUCUAUACCAUCCAUAAUACUUUAUCAAUUGACUGUACUUGGAAUACAUCACAUACAGUUUUCAUCUAGUUAAAUAGUUUGCACCCCUACCAUGGAAGGGCUCAAAUGGUGAUAUAAAUUAUCUCAGUCAGUUCUAUGCUUUCCCAUAGUAAGGCUUUGGGUGCCUAGUAUGCAUUCAGGUCAGAUGGUGUCUGAGUUUCACUCGGCUAUUUCUGCUAAAGCACCUCCAGUGGCUGUCAGAACAGCAAUGUUGAAACAAGGGGGCCAUGGUAAUCAGACCACUUUAUUGAGAUGUAGUGGUUUGGUUGCCUUAGUGGGUCCCUUUAUGAGCGAAUAAUGCAUUACAUGGAAUGCAAAUGUGUCAUCUUGUGUGGUUCACUCCUUAUAGGCAAAGGCACUGCAGAGUGGACAAAGGGCCUGAAGUCAACAGAUUAUGAGCUAUUGUGCCCUGAUGGCACCCGUGCCCCAAUAAGCGAUUACAAGAAAUGCAAUCUUGCUGAAGUUCCAGCUCAUGCUGUUGUUACCAGACCAGAAAGGCGUAAAGAUGUUAAAAGAAUAGUGGAUAAUCAGCAGGUAAGAGGUAAAGCAAAGAUACUGUAAACUAUGCAGGUUGUCAGCAUCACAUGUUUAAAAUGUAUAUCAAGGUAUGUGGCAAUUGUUUUUACAUUUUUGGUUGUAUGCAUUUACAUAAUAGUUAUACCACUGGCACCCUGAGUGUGUGGUAACAGUACAUAGACACACACAACUGCAUUCAAAUGCAAGUAUAACAGACAAAUAUACCCCUACAUUUACAUACACAUCCGCUACACAAAAACCUGCUUGCAUAUGAACACAUAAAAACUGAUUGAAAAUACAAGGGUAGGUAAAUGAUAGAUCUCCAGCUGGCAAGGAAUUGUGGGAGAUGUACGAAAAGUGGGAACCUACCCUUUAACCACCAUUGAGCUUGAAUAGGCCACUAUCAUAUAUUCUUGCAGACGGGGCCCUCUUUAAAUUAGUUACACCACUAGUGACAGCAACAGGGAAGGUACUACCUUAAGGCAGCACAGGCCUUAGAGUGCCUCAGCCAGGGGGUUGCAAAACUCACUCCAGCUGGCCGGCCCAUGCAGAGGUUGCUGUGUCCAUUCAAACACAGGACCAGAGUUGCCCCAGUAUGGCACAACAACCUUGGGGAUGAAAGGAGGAGGGAUGAUAGGGUGAGGUGGAGAAGUGGCUGUGAUAGCAAAAAGCUAAAUCUGCCUAUCCUUGAUGAUGUGCCAUCAGUAUUCCCCCUAUAUAAGUCCUCCAGCCCACAGUGCAAACUGUUUUCAGUUCUGCUGCAAAAUUUCAAAGUAUACAAUGAUAUAGUUAUUAUUUGUAUUCCUAGUUCUGACACUCUGAUACUCUAAGAUGUAUGUGUAUACUGUUACUGUAGUGGUCAUGAUGUCUGGAAUGUUAUGAUUGGUCAGUUUUCUUAUUUCAUGAAAUUUACACCUGAACAUUAUAAAUAGACUUUUUUAGUUAUGGUGAUUUUGAGGGAUUUUGAGUUAUGGUGAUAUUUUGAGGGCAAACAUAGUUUUACAUUUUGCAUCAAAUAUGCCAUUGAUCCAUAACAUGGAAAUUAAGAAAGCGACUCAAGCACACUAACACUGCUUAUUUCCUUAUUGCUUACCAUGUUUCUGUAUUUACAGUCUCUCUAUGGACGCAAAGGAUCCGAAACAGACAUGUUCCAGAUGUUCAGUUCCUCAUCAGGGUCGAAUCUUAUCUUUAAGGAUGGCACGCAGUGCUUGGUAGGAUUUGAUGACAAGACCACCAUGAAAGAUGUUCUUGGCGAGAGAUAUUACACAGCUGUGACAAACCUUAAUAAAUGCCCCUCAAAGUCAGGUAAACAAUCAGAAAGCAUCCUACGUUUUGAAACUGUAUGUAAGAAAUGAUAACUCUAUUACAAGGUGAAGGGAACACUAUAGAGAUAUGAACACAAACAUGUAUUCCUGACCCUAUAGUGUUAAACAUACUAUUGAGCCCCCAUUGUCCCCUGUAGUAAAAUUCACCUUAUUUCCAGCGCUGCUUAGUUAUUGAUCUCAGCCAAUCGCAAUGCUUUCCAUAGGAAAGCACUGUAUUGGCUGAUAUUGUAAAUUCUGAUCAUCUCAGCCAAGGAGGUGGGUUGGGGCAGAGCCAAAUGCUGGCCUGGCCAAUCAACAACUCCUCAUAAACCAAUGCAUCUCUAUGGGGAAAGUGCACAGUCUCCAUGCAAGCGUGGAGACACUUAACAUCAAUUCUGCACAGUGCGCAGGAAGCACCUCCAGUAGCCAUCUGAGGAGUGGCCAGUAGAGGUGUCUCUAGGCUGUAAUGUAAAUAUUGCCUUUUCUCUGAAAAGGCAGUGUUAACAGCAAAAAGUCUGCAAGGACAGGCUAUACUCACCAGAACAAUUACAUUAAGCUGUAGACAGUUGUUCUGGUGACUACAGUGUCACUUUAAUUCUUUAGGGAAUGAGGACAAAUAAAAUAAAUAAGGGUAUGUAAAAGUUAGAUAGAUAGACAGAUAUGGACUCUUAAAUAAGUCUACUGUUACCAUUUUGUCAUAAGUAAAAAGAUAUAAACAUUGUAUUAAAUCACUAAAUAACACUAUAUAAUGCAAUACAUUUUGAUUUUCAUUAGUUAUAAUUAUUUAUAGCUUUGCUGCUCCCUCUGUCCUCCAUGCCUUGGCUGGUUACAUUGCUGCCUCCCAUGGUCAGCUAAAAAGGAACAAAAUAACCAUUUUUUCCAGUAGGUAUGACUUUACAGGGCCACUAAAUUCACCCAUACAAUUUUAUCUCAAUGAAGUUAACUAGGUGCAGUGGUCCUGGAUAUUUAAUCGUUCAAGGUAAAAGUGCUGAUUUUCAGAAAUGUCUAUCUUGAAGGGUAAAACACACCUAUAUUGGAUGUUACACUGACAGCCUCUAGAGGCACUUUCACUAUGCUGAACGAGUAAAACUUGUUCAUGUGACGUGGCAGCUCAUCGAAAUUCAUUGGAUUCAAAGAGACAGAAAGCAGAACCCCUGUUGUAAGUGCUGUUUACAUGUACUCAGGUCUCCCUAGUAUUUAACUAGGAUAACCCCUGGAUCAUGGUCAAAACUGUUUGUAAGUAUGUAAGUGACCCUACAUUGUACAUCAGAGCCAGUUUUGUAUAUGACUACAAACUGCGUGACAUUCUAGGGAGAAAGUGUCAGGUUACUCAUAUGGAAAGAGGGGGGUAACCCCCAGAAUAAGUUAAUUAUAAGACAAAGGUGGGAAUACCUGGGAAAACCAUUUAGAAGAUAAACCCUUGGUGGCAAAGAGUAACCCAAAUAAUAAAUAAAUAAAACAUCACUUUUAAUGUAUUAAUUAAAAUAUUCUAGGAAAUCUUAUCAUGAAUAAAAUUAAUAUCAUAGAAAUAGGAAAAAAGAAAAUCCUAAAGAGGUUGAUUAAUCCUUAGGAGGACUAUGAUGAAUUAAUCUGGGUUCCAAUUUUCUGUUUAACAAAACUAUAUCAAAAAUAAAAAUCUAAACUAAUACAGUGAUCCCAAAAAUAAUAAUAAGUGUAACAAAUCUAUGCGAAAAAUAUAUACACAGGACAAAAAAAACCCAACAAAUAUAUACAAAUAGAAAAAGAUUAGUUGUCACACCAUACAAAGUUAUAUGAAACCAAAAUGUAACAAGAUGUAAAUGUUACAUUAGUAUCAUAUCAUAUUAGCCAGGAGUAGAGUUCUACAAUGUAACAGAUAAGGAACAGAGCGGUGAACGUAUCCUGCAGGUAUAUGUACACACCAAACCUAUUAAUAUUGUAUUGCAUAAUUAUAUCAUAACCAUAUUAAUAUACAGAUCACUAAUACAGAUAAAAUACUUUUCAGAGAUUGCAUAUGGUUAAUUCUUACAUAUGUAACAGGAUCCUGGUAUAUACAAUUCUGGUGGGCUCAUCUUGUCAGUGUCUUCUUAUUCACUUUAUCCCGUAAUAUUUAACAGAGUUGUUUAAACCUACUACUUACAGAUUUUAUGAGUUUUCUAAACCAGGAAGUAGAUCACGGUUCACGUGUUAAAAUGUAAUUUCUAUAAAUACGAUUAUCUUAUUUAUGAAAGGAAAAUUCAGCUAAAAAAAUAUUGGUAAAACCAAAAAAUUAUUUUAAUUAUUUAUUUUUAAAAAAAUGUGUCUUUACAGUAUUUAUGCCAAACACUACUAUAUAAAACCUCCAGGGUUUCUCAUGAAAUUUACACCUAAACAUAAUAAAUAGACUUUUUUACAGUCAACGUAUAUAGGGAUCCAAGGUUUAUAUCACAAAAUCUGCCACCAAGUGGAAGGGAAUCUAUUGUGAGUACAUGCAUAUAAAUGUACACAUGCAGUAAUGCUUACACCAGUGAACAUUUUUGCCCCUUCUGAUAAUAGUGCGCGUGCUGUUAGUUAUCUGACUGAUCAAACAAUGCCCACAUGAAUAGGAAUGAUCAUGUUGGCAUAGCUAUCAUGUGGACACAAUCUCUUGUCCAGGUUAAACAAGAUGCUUAAAGUGCAGGCUGACGGUCUUAAAAUGAAAUUAUCACGACAGGUUUACAUGAGCAUAAAUCCCCUCCAAAUGAACUACCCCAGAGAUACAUAAUAUAUUCAAUGUCAAAUAUAGCUUUAAAUUCACCUCACUUUGGAUCCAACACCACUAUGCCCUCACUUUAUUGGUGUUACUCUUCUGUAACAUGCACCUCUGGUCCACCUGUGCUCUGUCUGAUCUUUAUUUGACACUUCCUUAUGCAGGACAAACUUCCCCCGUGAUAACAACGUGGUGGCUUCAUUGCCUGUGUGCCAGCGUGUGAAUGGAGUGAUGCCAAUUACUCCAUUCCCAUACUCCCAAUCUACUGCUGGCAGCAACCACAGUGCCUAUCAAGAGCAUUAAAUUAAACCACCAUGGAGGAGGCCAUGCCUCCUUAAUGAUGUUCGGGGACUUGGAGAGGUGAGAAGUACCAAGGGACGCUCAGCAAGGGAUAUUUUUAUGGCACACGGGGGGGGGGGCCGGGACCUAUACAGAACUUAGGACAUGGACACUAGGAAUACAGGUUUGUUUUAAUAACAUGCCACACAUAAAGGUCUAGCAAAAAACAUAACAGAAAAGGAAUGAAAACUUCUAAAUUAAACACCAUAAAGAAAGUUUUAAUAUAGGAAGUUUUGCAUAAACAAAGUGAUUUAGCUCUUAAAUGGCAGGAAACAGAGUAGUGAGACUAUACAAGCAUGAUCUAUACACCAAUGCCACUUCAUGAGCUAAAGUUGUUGUGGUACUUAGAGUGUGCCUUUAAGAUAAGCAAAAAAACAUGUCAGUUGUAGUGUGAUUUUAAUUUUGUAAUGCUUUGGUUUUAUGUCACAGGUGUGCUCCAGUGCUGUAAAGGAAAUAUUAUGAUAUAAUAAUUUUAAUUCAAUUAUUAUGUUGUUUUUUUUUUUUUUUUACAGCGCUACUGUCUGCUUGCACUUUCCAUAGGUGUUAAAGAGCUGCAGCAUUGAAGAUCAUUUAAUCUAAUGUCCAACUCAUUUACUUUUUCAUUUCAUUUUUCGUUUCUCUACAAAAAAUAAAUCUGUCGAUCUAGUAUUACAUCAUGUUUGCUUCUUAUAAUAAAAAAUUAAAUCUCUUGGAUUUUGUUGGCUUAAUCAAUAUUAAAACUAACCAUUGCAAAGGUUGGGUAAUAAAC